AUGUACGAGCCGCGGCGAUAUGCAGAAUGGCUGCAUAGCGAAGUCUUUCUACCAGUUGUGGUUGUCAUCGGCAGCGAAGCAGCGAAAGCCCGCGUGAAGGAGGCAAAUGGUCUGUCUAUUGCGGAGCUAUUCGCACCUUUCGGCGGGCAUUUCCGGGGGAUUUCUGUAUCAGCCCAGUCCUUGGAGAGACAGAUCCCCAUCGAAAACUUGCGGGUGCGCUACACAGAUGCAGACGUGGCGCAGCUGAGCACUGCGCAAGCGGACCAGAUGGCCGCAUGGACUGUAGAAUCCAGUGCUUUGGCAGGCAAGCCUAACAACCUUGAACCCCCAAGCCCGUGGUACGAGCAGUGGCGCAACGCCUUGUUUGGUUCUCUGCGAUGGUCCGAGCAUGAAGCAUUGGAUCAGCCUACAGCGGCAUUGCUCGUUGUGCUAUCCAAAGAACCGGAUCCGGUGAUGCAGUUGGAGCAAUUGCUCCAUGCAUCCAAGAUGCCACCGUUGUGUACUCAAGGUGUCCUGGACCCUGUUCCGUCACGUGUUGCUGUGCUGUUGCACGACGUGUCAGAUCCAGAGAGCCCCAGCAAAGAAGACUUCUUGAAGAACCUGGAGAGCAUCAGGGUUCGGUUCGCUCCGAAUCUUGUUCUUGCUCUUGAAAUCAAUCACGGCGGGGCUAACUUUCUGAUGCCAGAGGCUGAGGAUUUGUUCAAAUCCUUUCUGGUGCAAAAUGGGCCCCCUCCACCUCCGUCAGCUUCCGACGAAGCAAAGCCCAGCCCAGGAUCCAGGCUGACUCGUGAAGACCUUCAAAGCUUGGCUCAGGUCGGAACAGAAGUUGUGGUCAAGAGCGCUGUGCCGUGGAUGGAAAAACAGCUUCAACAACUGGAGGCUCAAAUCUCGCAAGCUCGAAAGGGCUUCCGCAACCAGUUGAAGUACUUCUGGCGCAAGCCACGCGAGGGAGCAGCCGGUGAGAGGAGUGAUGUGGUGGAGGAUGCGGCUAGUUACCCACUACACUCUGUCGAGGGACAGAUGCGUCUUGCUGGAGACUUGUCCUUCCACUUGCGCGAUUACGAGGCAGCACUGAGCUACUAUCGGAAUGUUGUAAGCGACUUCAAGCAGGAUAGAAGCUGGAAACAUGCUGCUGGCGCAUACGAGAUGUGGGGCUUGUGUGCAUACGUCACAAAUGGCGCUAGAAGUGAGUGGACGCGGUGCAUGGAGAGCGCGUAUGAGCACUACCUGCAGGCUUCAACCAGUAGGCUGGCCAUGCGAGCUGUUGCACUACAUCAAGCCAUGGUCUCCGACGUGAAAGAGGCGGCUCUUCGCUUGAUGAAGGUAAACGGAGACCUGGCGGACAACAACUUGAAGAAUGCCUUGAUCCUAGAACAGGCUGGACAGCUGUACUAUGCCAGUGGAUCUACAAGGAAGGGAGCCUUUCACCUUGUAUUGGCUGGGCACACCUACAACAAACUAGGGUUCAAGAGGUUGGCUCUCUUCAGCUACCAGGCAGUGGUAGAGCUCUACCUGAAUAAGGGCUGGUUUCACAUCACAGAUCACUUCCACUUCACCAUGGCACGACAAGCAUUCGGCCUGGGCAUGAAGGACGAGUCACUUGCACACUUUCUCAAGCUCUUGAACUCCUUCGCGGAAUCAUCGAAAAAGGUGUGCAUCCAGGCGGAGCGAGAGAACACCUACAUCAAGGAGUUCAUCUACGUAAUGAAGGAUUGGGUACAAACGCAAGGGGCUGGCGUGGAUAACACCAUCGACUUGCAGGCGAGAAAAUCUGCACUCAUUUGA